AUGUGGCGUGCAGGUAAGGAGUUGUGCAUUCCUGAUGCCCUCUCCCGGUCACCUGUGAGUCACCCAACGGUGGAAGAUGGUAUCUUCAAUACUGAGAUGGACACUUCUGUCAAGAUUGCGGCUUUGCAUGCUGUCAAGUCUGUUCAAGCAUCAGACGCUAUAGACGAGCAAGAGGAUCUCUUCAUGGAAGAAUUGCGUAUGGCUGCAUCUAAGGAUGCCUCAUAUGAAGAACUGCUUCAUCAUGUAAAGUCAGGGUUCCCCAAUGACCGCUACAACCUGCCAAGUACCCUGCGUCCGUACUGGAAAAUUCGCAAUGAGUUGUACAACGAUGGUGACUUGGUGCUGUAUGGACCUAGAGUGGUUGUCCCUGCUUCUUUACGCCGUAGCACCCUGGCUCGCCUGCAUGAUUGCCACUCUGAUGUAGAAGCUACUAAGUGUCGUGCACAGCAGACAGUCUUUUGGCCAGGCAUUAAUGCAGACAUAGUGAAUACUGUUCGUGCCUGUGAGCCAUGCCAGCGCCUACAGCCUAGUCAGCAACAGGAACCGCUGCUGUUAGAAGACAAACCCACAAGAUCAUUCAUGUCUGUAUCAGCUGACUUUUUUAGUGUUGCUGGAGAACACUUUUUGGUGUAUGUUGACAGACUUUCUGGAUGGCCUGUUGUCAUCCCGUGUGGAAAUAAUGCAACAAGUGCUUCAACGAUUAGAAUCUUUCGGCACAUGUUCCGUGAUCUUGGUGUCCCCGUUCGCCUGCGCACCGACGGUGGACCCCAGUUCUCCAGCCGAGAAUUUGCAACCUUUCUUCAGCGAUGGGGAGAAAUCAUUCAAUAUUGUACAAGCAGCAUCACCUCUGGCUCUGCAGAUCAAUGCUCUUCAUCACGACUUACCUGGAAACGUAACCUGGCAUCCAAUAUGAAGCCCCGGAUCCAUUAA